AUGGCGAAUGUAUUUGGCUCAACAUGGCGUUCCUUCUGGCAUACCAUGACCUCCUAUGACCGGCAUGCCUCCCAUGAUUCUCCCUACCGUACUGGUCGACACGUCCCUCUCAACCAAAGCCGACAUGAACCUCUCACAUCCAUUGCUACCAGUGCCAUCGAAUCUCGCCCAGAUCUCACUAACCCAUACGAUGAUGAAUCCUCCAAGGGCCUGGCCACCGCACAAUCCACCGAAUUCAACGGUUCCCCGACCGACCCCAGUUCCCCCAACCGUCCAUACUCGCCUGGCAUGAGAUCCUCGGCAUCGAAACGGAGAUCUAAUGAUCAGGAAGGUGGAGAGAUUCAGAUGCAAAGUUUCCACGAUGGUGCGCCGCCGCCUCCACCCGUCGCUCACUCCUGGCGGAAGAUCGAGCGGUGGUUGGAAAACAACUACGAGGAAUUAUUGGAUAACCUGGGCGAGGGAUGCACACAGAACGACAUUAACGAGUUGGAACAUGAGUUGGAUUGCAGUCUGCCGCUCGAGUUGCGGGAGUCUUUGAUGAUUCAUGAUGGUCAGGAGCGCGGAGGUCUGCCUACUGGUAUCAUCUUCAGUUCCAUGCUGCUGGACUGCGAGGAGAUUGUCCAGGAGCGUCAAAACUGGAAGAUCGUCAACGAAGAGUUCCUCAGUACCGCCAUGAUGUCGACUCCUGUGUCUAGCUCCGCUGCCAGCUCGUCCGCCGCUCCCCCUCAGCCCAGCUCGACAUGGCGAAACGAGCUGCUUGAUCGCCAGGACUCCCAGCCACCCGGUGCCGUGCAAAAGGCCUACGCUCACCCUGCCUGGAUCCCCCUGGCCCGCGACUGGGGCGGCAACCUUCUGGCGAUCGAUCUGGCUCCCGGUCCCGCUGGUAAAUGGGGCCAAGUGAUCAUUUUCGGUCGCGACUAUGAUUGUAAAUACGUCGUGGCGCGGUCUUGGGCAGCUUUCCUGGCCACCUUCGCCGAUGACCUCUGCAGCGGCCGCACCAUCGUGGACGAGGAGACCAAUGAAAUGAAACUUAAGGAGUUCAAAUCGCAGAAUGUCGAGCCGCCAUACAUGGAGGUUCUCCGGUGGCGCGUUGACCAGAAGUACGGCCGUCGCCCACCGCGCCGACGUGGCCCCAACGGAGGUGCAAAUGCAACUGGUAAAGGAUCCAGCCGGGACUCCCCCUACGGCAGCCCAACUCGCGCUGAGGAACGAGGCCGAUCUCCCAACCGCUUCCCCAACCGCGGCCCCGCUCAGAGCCCCAAGACCCCAUUCGGUAUGUCCAGUCCUCUUGCCCGAGUGACUGAGGAAGGUCCUUCUGGUUCGACGGGACCUACGAUCUCUGAAGAUCCCCAAGAGAGCAAGGAAGAGCCUACAGAAGACUUACUCGAAGUGGCCACCCCACAAAUCUCCAACAAGGAGAAUGAAGGGUUCCCUGAGUCCAAGCCGUCUGAGGACAAGUCUGAGAAGAAUGAUGAAACCGCCGAAUCAUCCACCCUUGACUCCGAGGUCCUUGGAGAGAUGAAGAACGUGGCUAUCUAA